AUGUCAUUCGCAGUGAACAACACCUACCGUCAGGCCAAGGCCCCUGCCAGGGACAAGCUCCGUCCGUCGGCCAGGCGCAGCCGCCCUCAGGACUCCUUCGACCCGAACGGAACGCUCGGCUCCUUGUGGUGCGAGCCGGAUCCUGGCGCCGUGGCGGCCGCCCGGCUGCCGUCGCCGGCAGUGGAUGAGCUGGCCGCGCAUCCUGCUCCUGAGGCGGAGGCGCUCGACGCGAGCGCACCGCCGCCGGCCGAGGCUGAGGCAGAGGCGCCAAAGGCGGUGGCGGCGGAGCCGGCGCAGGAGGCGCAGGAGGGCGAUCUGGGAGGAGGCAGAGAGGAAGAGGCGGAGGCGGAGCGCGCAUUGGAAGACGUGCCGGAGCCGGGCGAGGCGAGCUGCGAGUGUGGUCUGGAGAGCGAGUGCCUCCCGACGGCGGCCGAGGCGCAAGAGGCGCCGGCCGAGCUGCCGGCCAACCUCUUCUCUUGGGAGGGGGCGGCGCCAGGCGAGGCCGCCGGCAAGCCGCCCGCCGCUGGGCGCCGCUCGCUGCCGAGUGUGGCCAAGGUGGCGUCGGUGGCGUCGGUGGCGCGCGCGUACCAAAAGGCGGCGCUGGCGAACGGGACGCGCUCCUCGACCCCGUCCAAGUCCCCCCUCACCGCCGCGUACGAGCGGGCGGUCCAGCAGUCCUCCGCCCCCUCCCCGAGCGGAGGGAGGACGCCGCAGCUGGCGCGCGCGUACGAGAGGGCGGUCGAGCGCGCCGCCAAGCCCGCCGGGGCGACGGCGGUGGCGACGGCCAAGGCCGCCUACGAGCAGGCGGUGCGCGCCGCCGGCGUACCAAAGGCGGCACCGGUGGCCACCACGGCGGAGCUCUUUAGCUGGGCGUCUCCGCCGCAGCCAGACGAGCGGCGGCGCGGCUCUGGCGCGGCGGCGGGCGAGCGCCGAGAGACAGGCGCGGGAGCACCACGCAAAACGCCCGGCCCCGGGCAGAGCAAGCCGCACGGCAGCGAGCCCUCGCAGCCGCCCGCACCGGCCGACAGGGCGCCGCCGCAAGCCGCCCUCUCGGCGGCAGCAGCUGCUCCGCCUCCGGUCACAGUCCCGCCGGCCGACGGAGACGCGCUGUCGGAGGCCGCCCGCUCGCUCCUCUCCCUCUUCCUCGCACCGCUCCACCGCGCACUCGCUCCGCGCGGCGCACCCGUCUCCGCCGCCUCGGCCGCCGCCUCGCUCCGCGGCUUCGGCGCCUCGGCCGGCUCGGUCGAGCUGCUGCUGCCGGCUCCAGUUCGCAAGUCGGUGAUGUGGGUGGUGGGCGAGGAGCUGCCGGAGGAGGAGGAGGAAGAGGACGCUCGCGCCCCCGCUGCCGAGCCGCCGGCGAGCAAGUCGCCAGCCGCAGCUCCGCGACGCAAGGGCGUGGCGUGGAUCGCGGGCGAGGAUCCGCCUGAGGGGGCGGCUGGCGAGGAGGAGAACAGCAUGUGCCUUCGAAACUCCUGCGGCAAGGACGGGGCGCCGCCCGUCUCCACUCGCCCCACGAGUGCCAUGUGGGUCAUCUGA